AUGAAAGCAACCAAUGUUUUUGAUGUCGUCUAUUGCAUCGGGAUGGGAGGACAGGGAAGUGUGUACAAGGCAAAGCUGCCAUCAGGCAGCAUUGUUGCAGUGAAGAAAUUCCAUCAAACACUUGAUGGUGAGGAGGCAUCUCGGAAGGAGUUCUUUAAUGAAAUAAGGGCCUUAACUCAGAUACGACACCGAAACACGGUGAAGUUUCUUGGCUUUUGUUCAAGUUCCCAUCACUCGUUUUUGGUCUAUGAGUAUCUGGAAAAAGGUAACUUGGCUGCAAUCUUGAGCAACGAGCAUGAAGCUAAAAAUUUGGACUGGAGCACAAGGCUUUUGAAUCCAGACUCGUCGAAUUGGACUGCUCUUGCAGGCACAUAUGGAUAUGUCGCACCAGAGCUGGCUUAUACAAUGAAGGUAACAGAAAAAUGUGAUGUUUAUAGCUUUGGAGUGCUGGCACUGGAAGUGAUUAUGGGAAAGCAGCUAGGUGAUUUCGUCUCCUCCUUUUCGUUUCCAUCCACCACCUAUGCAAACAUAUUUCUCAAGGAUGUGUUGGACCAAAGCCUUGCCCCUCCUACACCUCAACUUCAAGAUGAACUCAUAACCAUUGCAAGUCUAUCAAUUGCAUGCAGACAUUCCCAUCCACAAUCGAGGCCAACAAUGCACAUGGUUUCUCAAGCGUUAUCGUUCCCAACUGCUUCUUCCAACAGAAGAUCAAUGAUAUUACCCUUGAACAACUCAUUACGAUCUGAUUUGCGUGUGCCAUAUGCAUAUUGUAGUCAUUUGAGACUUUCUACUUCUUCUGAAGCAAAACGUGGUCAAAUGGAUGAAUUUUGGAGUAAUUUUAGUUGGAGGACGUUCGUGAGUCAGUUGGCUUGA